AUGGAGUUAGACCUUCCUCAAGACAAUGAUAUGUCAACUUCCCUGCGACUAGUCAAGCGAUACGUCAACGAGACUCUGGCAUCUGCCCUUGACGAACUAUCCACACCAGAUGGCCGACCAACCAUAACACUCAAACGAAGAUCACGGAAUGUGUCACUUUUCAUUAGUCCCACAAGUAGAGCUCUUGAAAGCAACGGAGCAGACACAUAUAUCACCUAUUCCUGGCCCGGCGCAAACGCCUUCGAGGCAUGGAAAUUCAGUAUAUACAUCAUUCUAUUGGCAACACUACCAAGGGUCCUUGUACUGAUCGUUAUGACAAUAGCCAUUGUCUUUCGAGUUCUUGCAGUCGUUGCAGAUGCUAUUGACACAGGUUUAUUAGUUUCUAAAAGCGACCCGGUCUGCUUUGGGACACAGAAAGUUGUUGAUGCAAUCAUCGAUGAUCUGGCCUACACCAUCGGAGUUGACAGAUCCGCAUUGAAUAUUGAAGCGGCUGCAAAAGGGCUUGUGACGGGCUAUUGUAGCCUUCUAACCAAAUAUGGGGAGACAAUGGAUCUUAGAUUACCUGACAAGGACUGUCUAGUACCAAGUUCCCAAGACAACGGUGAAAUUGACAUCUCAGAUGCUAGCUGGGUCUUGAUCAUCGAGAAAGAGGUGCUACAAUUGCCCCAUAAUCUCGUUACGAAUACUCACCUAGUACACAGGCCAUAUACCGUCGACUUGCAAGAAGUAAUUAUCAUACUAGAGCGGCCGCAGGAAGAGGGAUUCUCAUCACUAUCAGACAAAAUCCUACCUUUCUAUGGUCUAGUUGACAGCGACCCCGACGGCAUGGCUAUUAUGUCAACAUACAAGUACGGCUCAAUGGCACAUACGAACCAGAAUGGAAGAUUGAACAUUCCUUGUCUCUGUUGGUUGGGCCUCCGAACGUCCGAUGUCGUAUCUGGAGCACCGAGCAACGACGACGGGGCUUUGAUUAGAUUGACGGCACGCGACAGAAAGAAGAUCAUGACCAUGUUGUCGAACAGCCCUGUAUGGGCAGCCGAAGGACCCGAACUGGAAUGGCGUGCGGAGCUGCAACAAAUGCUCAUGCUGAACCUGAAAGCUGAGAUCGAGAUACUUUAUGAUUGGGAUGGAGGACUGGAGGGAUGGAUUGAUCAAAAGAUGGCAGGUUUCUCUCCAUCGGAUAACUAG